CGCCGCUUUCAUCCGUCGCCGACAAACCGAUAAUACCAGCGCCCAGCGCAGUAUGAAAGUGUACUGAGUAUUGUUGUAUUUGUGUCGGGGUCGGUACCCUUCUAGUUCUGUGGUAAAAUAAAAAUGAUUACAGUGUUAUGUUUAGUGAUUAAAUAACAAUGUAAGUUGAAAAUAACUCUUAGUGCUGUGCUGUGAAAGUUGUACCCAGUUGUGUAUUGUUGCUGAUUUAAAAUGACCGAGAAAAAUAAAUCCGAAAAGAUGACUAAUACGUCGAAACCUGUUCCCAUGAAACUUUUUGCCGCCUGGGAAGUGGAUAGGACACCAUCCAACUGCAUCCCAAGAUUGUGCACACUCCGAGUGACGAGGUUACGCGUAUGUGGCGCGCUCGGCGAAGCAGGCGGCGGCGCUGCGGGCGGGGCCGGCGCCGGCGCGGUCACUCUCGCGGCACGUAUGCACAGCAGCAAGCGCACGCUGCGGUCCAACGACAUCACUGUGCCGCCUCUUGAUGUGGAGCUGGACCUCUGCUUUUCACUGCAGUAUCCGCAUUUUGUGAAACGAGAUGGAAAUAGGUUACAGAUAAUGUUGCAGAGACGCAAGAAAUACAAGAAUCGCACCAUACUCGGGUAUAAGACCUUGGCGGAGGGUGUCAUACGAAUGGACCAGGUGCUUCAACGUUCCAUGGACAUGGAAUUGGAGCUAACGAGUGUGGGUGGCAAGGUCGGCGCUGGUGCCGGCCAGCCGGUCGCCAGGCUCACCAUCACGGGCUUAGCCUCGACCCCUGUCGACCAUGACACGAAGAAUAACAACACUCUGCUUAUAACAGAGCGAGGGUACUCAGACGAAGAGGAAGAAGGGGAGUUCAGUUCUGUGGAGGAAGCUGACGAUUUGACGUACGGUGCGGCGGCGAGGAGGCGAACACAUCGACAGCUGGCCUUCAACAAGGGAGACCUAUCGUACACUAAGCUGUCACGCUCACGAGAGCUAAGCUUCAUGGAACGAGAGAGAAAGAUACAGAACUAUAUACGGUCCAAGGCGCACGACAGAGACAGCGAUAGUGAGCUGGAGCACGCAGCAGCCAAGCGCAAGGGCAGCCGCGGAAAGCUGGCGCAACGGAAUUUGAAGCAAAAAUUCGCUGCGCUGCUCCGGCGGUUUCGCGUGCCCGAGGAGUUGAGCGAACGAGGCGCGGCGAGAGACACGCAUCACGCUCAGCGAGAUAUCGAUGAACUGUUUCAGGAGUUAGAAUCGCUGUCCUGUGGCGAAGGAGAGGACUCCGGUCCGGAUCAGAUGGACACCAUCAGCAUCGGGUCCACGCCCAAACCCUCGCUUCGUCCGUUCUUCAGCAGCUCGCGCAGUCUUGCUAACCAGGAACAUCAUCGGCAUUCCAAUGUGACGCGGCACGCCAGCCUCGCGUCCGCGGCCGAGCUGCGCCCGCGCGACCGACACCCGUCCGUGCCUCUCACAGAAUCGGAAGCUGUCCGCAGCUCAGCGGGAGACGAACGCGGUAGUGAAUGCAAUAGCGAUGGAGACGCGACACUCGACGCGCCCGUCUCUGGCGCUUCGGUGUCUAGCUCGCCCCCUAACGAGACCAAGGAAGACAAAAGAUCUAGACUGUUCCGGAGCGCCACGAGCGGAGGAAACUUGACACCGGCGGCUGCGGCGCGCAAGAAGAACUCGCUUAUAAUCGGCACGGAAAGACCGCUCUCCGCACACGACCUUCCCGUGCAGAGCCCUACUACACUUGAGCCGCGCCGCACGAUGCUGGAGCAGGUGAGCCGCGUGCUGGGCGAGGAGGGCCCGCUGCCGGAGUGCGUGGCGCUGGUGCCGAGCGGGCUGGCGCGCGUGUUCCAGGCGCUAGCCGUGCCCGCCGUGCUGGCGCCGCCCGCCGCCGCGCCCGACGCGCGCGCCUUCCUGCACGCGCUGCUCGCACGCGCCGCCAAGCAGGGCGUGCGGCGCGGCGUGCGCGUGUGCGUGUGCGGCGGCGAGGCGUGGUGCGCGGCGGCGCUGCGCGCGCACGCCGAGCUGGCCGCGCGCCGCCACGACGCGCCCGCGCUGCGCUUCUACAUCGUGCCCACCGGUCCCAACACGAUAUCGCGAUCGCUCGGAGCGUCAGACAGCACCUACGCGGCGCUGUUCUGCAACGAGACCUGGAACUCUCUCUGCGAGCGCGCCGCCGACGCCAGCAUGCCCGACAUCGCUGAGAUGUCGUCUAGGAUCGCCAGGUAUUUAAAUAGCAUCGGUCCAGUCAACAACAUACCGAUCGGCGAAGCCAUGGUUGCUUACCGGGAUAAGUCGGGCGACGAGGACUCAAGUCAGACAUUCGUACCCUUCAUUGCGGAGGUGCGCGUGGGCUGCGGCGAGGGCGGCCCGUCGUCGCUGGAGCUGGACGAGGGCGGCUCCCCGCCCGCGCGGCCCUCGCCCCCCGCCACGCCCGCGCCCGCGCCCGACGCCGCGCCGCCGCUCGCGCUCGCGCGCGCCGAGCCGCUCGAGCUGCAGCUCGACUACUGGCCGGUGGCGGAGGGAGCGAGCGGUGCAGAGGGGGGAGGGAAGGUCACUUUGAAGGGUUCGUUCCGCGCGCUGCUGGUGACCAGGCAUAACCACCAUCUCUGCAUCACAUACCUUACUAAGGAGAAGAAGCAAAAGAUCAUGAGGCUAGGCAAGAAGAAGGAAAAGAGUGGGGAGACGGAACCAGGUCGCGCGCAGACAGUGGAGGGAGUGGCGCGUCUCAUUUGUUCCGCUAAGGGAUCGCACAACUCGCCACUUAAAGUUUACAUCGACGGCACGGAAUGGAACGGCGUGAAAUUCUUCCAGCUGUCAACGCAAUGGCAGACUCAUGUGAAGACCUUCCCCGUGGCUACGUGCGGAGCACCCCUCGCUCCACCGGAGACCUAGGCCUCCGCCCGUCGUACCUCGGUCGCCCCGCUAUGGUUUCCUAGUCUCAGAACCUUCAGUGGUUCGAUGGGCUGCAUGACAUCAUGAGUAAUCUAGCCGAAAGCGGUUUGGUUACGUCGACUUUACGAGUCGUAAUUUACAUGUACACGGGAUUUGAUAGAGGCCGAUGGGAAUAUGAGGCUUUUAAAGAAGCCGUCUGCGUAAUUGUGCUUACAAUUUAUAAUUACCAUUCAUUACUGAACGAAUGAAUGAACGAACGUAAUAAAGGAAGAAUUGAAUGAUAGUGAUUUUUAAAAAGUGAAACUUUCAAUCAAUUCUUCUGCUGUUAUUUACGCGUCACUCUUACGCCGGCGACCUUAAUAAUAUUAAAUGUCCAAAUUUAAUUCAAUAAUGUUACUGUACCCCUUCUGUCUGUAGCGUUACUUAAUAUAUCGCUGUCAAGCUGCCAUGGUUUUAGCUAAGCUUUUGUUGUGUAACAUUGAACUCUAUUUGAUAUAAAAUAGAGUCCAAGUUCCGUCUUAGAAUUGUAGCUUUCUUUAAUACGUUCAAGUUGCAUAAUGAAGGCUCAAUAUCGUUAACUAUGCAUUAUAGUCAUUUCGUAGUAGAUAGUACAUUAUUUAUCGUAUAGGUAAUCCGCGUACUCAGUAUAUAUCGAGGAAUUUAUGGUUCGUGACAUUUCCAUGUAAUGUGUAGGUUAGUUUGUGUAACGGAGUAAAAAUAACGAAUUUUAAUGAGUAUUUUCGGCACAUAUCAGAUAGGUUCGUGCUGGACUGCGGGCGCGAUUUUAAUUUUUGUCUGUGAUUUAUGGAUGCAGUUUUUUUUAGUGCGGCGAUAGUCGAUUGGUCGCUAAUGUUUUUUAUAUAUUUUGUAUGUAUAUGCAGCGGUUCGUUUUCGGUAGGGAAGCAAUAGCUUUGAUACAGUCAUGUAGCGUUUUUAAUAUAUUUAAGAAUAUGAAAUGUAAUCUUUCCUAUAAAUCUUAGUAUACGCGAUCUUUCAAAUAUGAUAAUUAUAAUAUAUUUCGCCGAUAAGUCGUGGAUAAAUGGAGUAUUAUGUUAAUUAAAUAUAAGGUUUGAACGAUUCGUCAAAAGGCAGUAAUGUAAGCCAGAUUACAUGACAAAAUUCCAAAAACGCUUAAUUUUAAAUUAAAAAAAAAUAAACUAUCCGGCUACACAAAAUGAGAUAUACAAUAAUUCUGCUAAUUCAUGGAACUUGUGAUCAAUGUUGUCUGAAAAUAAAGUUUAUGCUUACUAGUCUCUUAUUGUAGAAGUACCUAAAUCGUAGCAGCGAAAACGGCCUGUACGGAAUUCGAAGUGUCACUAGAAAGUGUAGCCGGGCUCUCAGUACGUUGUAACGAAAUCCCUUUCCCUCUUAAACAUUUCGAGCCAGCUUUAAAACCUAAUUUGAUAUAAUUCGAGAGCAAUAAUAAAACGAUUCCAAAAAACGUAUCCAGUAAAUCGGUGUUAAUUCUAAUUCAAUGUGUUUAGCUAAGUGUGGUAGAAAAAAAUUGCAACGAAAAGUCUUCGAUUAAUUUAAAUUAUUAGAAAGAAUUAAUAAAGUUGUCUCCUUUGUUUCAGUUCUAUGUGGCUUUUGUAUGAUCCGAUAUAUUUAUACCACGGCUUAUGGGUUCUAUUCGCAAUAUUUUAUGGCAUUGUAGUGACAUGGUGCGCAUCCACCGAAAUAGUUGGCAACUUCUGUGUUAGCAACUCUUUUUUUAUUAUAAACUAUUCAAUCAAGUAACCAAGGAUGUCACAACAAUUUAAAUUUAUUUAUUGCCAACUUAACUUACAGAAUCUUUUGACAGUAUCGCUUGUUGGCAACACAGACGUUGCCAUUUAUUCAUUUAGUGGAGAUGCAGUAUUAGGUAAAGAUGUAGUAGGGUCGGCUCAAGGUGCUCUUCCAUUAUUUGUUUUAUUCAAACAUUUUACUGCACAUUAUAAAAGUGCCAAAUUUUUACAUAAAUUUAAUUUGCCGAUUUAAAUUAAAUAAUUAAUCUUUAUGUUAAAUCCAAGUGUUGCAAGAUGUUUAAGUACAUUUGACUUUAAUUUUAGUCCCUAUAGAUUUUUUCCAUUGUUAACUUAUUAUUUUGGAAGACGCUGUGUAUAAUAAAACUACUCUUCAAUAUUGUUUGUUCAACUCUUUAUUAUAAUAAUCACACAAAUUAACUUGGACAAUAGUCGGUGUAUUUAGAUAUGUAUGUGAGGUCAAUGUAACGCUGUUAGCAUAAGAUUUAUAUCAAAUUGUAGAAAACUGUUACAAUAUAUUAAGGCCAUAUAAGAUGUAUACAAAUUUA